AUGGAAGGGCAAGGAGGAGAGUCAGCUACCACGACUCCGGAGCCCGAAUUGAAUCCUCAAAGGGUAAGGGUUUUAGCGCAACGUCUAAAGGACGAAUUGGCGGCGAGUCAAGUUGAAACUGACCCAGCUAAAGUAAAAGCACAUCUUGCAGUGGUUGAAAAAAUCAAACGGGUUCUUGUAAAGUUCAAGCAACAGCAGCAGCAACAGCAACCACAGCAGCAACAGCAAUUGCAGCAGCAACCGCAACCUCAGCAACCUCAGCAACCUCAGCAACCACGGCAGCAGCAGCAGCAGCAGCAACAGGAGUUCCCACAAAUACAAUCACCGGCACCUCAAAGAGUCAAUGUUACGUUGGAAAAAUACAACCAAGUAAGAGACAUAUUAAAGAGUUUAUUGGAAAAGAUUCAAGGCUUAGAAACUUCUCGAAAUGAAGCAACAGAUCCAGAAAAGAGAGAAGCACUAGAGAAAUCAAUAUCAGAUGCCAGAAAUCAGCUACAGCAAUGCCAUAAAGGAGCAUUAUAUAUGCGGAAAGUGUUGGUUGACACGGGGAGACUAUCAGCUAACGCAACACCCGUGAGUUCGACAAAUUUGCAGCAGGCGCAGGAACAGUCAAUGCAGUCACAGCAGUCACAGCAGUCACAGCAGUCACAGCAGUCACAGCAACCACAGCAGUCACAGCAACCACAGCAACCACAACAACCACUACAACCACAACAACCACAGCAGACUCUACAAACACAACUGGUGCAACCGGUGCAACCGGUGCAACUGAUGCAACUGAUGCAACUGAUGCAACCGAUGCAACUGAUGCAACUGAUGCAACCGAUGCAACUGAUACAACAAGCACAGAAAGUACAACAGGCACAACAAGCGCUAAAAGCACUGCAAGCACAACUGUCACAGCAGACACCACAGUUGGAGCAGACGCUACCACCACCACCCCGACCACUGCUGGUGCUGGUAGUGUCUGCACCUGCACCUAUACCCCCACCACAACCGCGCCCUGGUUUAAUUCUCAAUGAUGGCAGAGUAUUGACAAAAAGAAAAUUGAAUGAACUAAUAAACAACAUCUCGAUAGAUCAAGGAGACGUUAAAACAACGAUAGACAACGAUGUUGAGGAACUAUUCCUAGAUUUGGCUGACGAGUUUGUCCGAAACGUCAUGGAAUUUUCAUGUAGGUUAGCAAAGCACAGGAAAUUGGACAAAGUCGAUAUUGGGAAUGUACAGUUGACUCUUGAAAGAAAUUGGGGAAUAAAAGUACCUGGGUAUAUGAAUGAUGAUAUAAAGAGAUGGCAGAAGAAAACAGUGAGAAAGUAA